AGUAAGCGCCAGCGAAUAGCUAUGUAGCUUAGCUAAGUUACCUUGUUGUUGGGCUCCGGCUGGAUGAUCUGAACAGGCCCCGGUGGCAUGGUGGCGUCUUUCGAUCAGUUGGAAGCGCUCUAAAAGCGAUUAUGGCCGAUAAAAUACCGUUAAUUUAUUUUCACCUACCCCACGAACAACACAUUGCUAUGCUGAGUGAAAAAAAAAACCGAAAAUCUUUGAGGACUUACCGCGUCGUGCUUACGUUGACCCCGGUUCAAUGGAAGCCAACUACUUCCGGGACACCCUCGCAAUGCAUUGUGGAACAUGGUGUACUCUAUUUCCUCAACGUUGUCAAGGAGACGACGCGGCAACAAGUGACAUCUGACAGUCGUCUCAUUUUAGACUGCAGUGAAUCCAUUAUCAGGGUGAAAUGACGCAGUUUUUGGGGCGCCAGGAUUGUAUGGACAGCCUGCGGAGAGACCUCGUCGAUCUCCAAGGUGCGAUUGUGGACGUGUUUUCGAAAACCGGUCCGGUCCAAUGUCCCUCCUGGAAGUUCCCGGACAAGCUUUCAUGCAACCUGGACAUGGUGUCUCUCCUGGAUCAAUACGACCAUGUGGAGGGGGAAGAUGCCUUCAACCAGCACGCCCACAUUGUUCUGCUGGAGCUGGUUAUCGACAGGUUAUUACUUCUUCUGCAAAGCUUUGACUCGUAUGUUGAGGCACCUGGAAGCAGCAAGCAGAAAAGAUCCACCCAGCAGAAAGGAUGCAUUUCCAUUGGACUCGUUGUCAUCAAGUACUGGAGUCAUUUAGUUGAAUUUACCAACAAUAAGAUGAUGAGCCCAGAAACAGGCCCAUCCAACGUCACUGAAGCCAUCCCAAACUCCUGCAACCUGUCACCGAGCCUCGCCGACCCCGUUGAAAGUCACCCGUGUUCCACUGAUGUUGUGAGCCACAGUGCCAGCUGCCAGACAGGAGAGCUACCCUGCGACGCCUGCAAUGAAGUGCAGUCCGUUCUGAGACAGACGGGCGCAGCACUGGUCGGACUGUUUACGGCUGAAGGUUUGCCUUCGUCCAUGCAGUCUCUUCUCGCUGCCUCAGAGGACCAUCUUGAACCGGGUCAGAUGACUGAUGUUGAUGUGGCACAGUGGGCCAGUGAGCAGCUCAGAGACCUGCGGCGCUUGGGCAAACACAUAAGAGAAGUGAGGGAGACAGUUCAGCCUCUGAAAAAACAACUGACUGCAGCAGAGGAAGAGCGGGAGAAACUCAGAUUAGAGAGCGAGAGUGCGAUAAAGCAACUGGAGACAGAAGUGAAGAAGUAUAGCGCCACUGUUACAAAACUGGAAAAGACACAGACGUUGAUGAAAGACAAGGAAGAAAAGCUGCUCGAGGAGCAAAAGCAGCUUCUAACAGAGUUAUUCUCUCUGAAGGAAAGCAACUCAACACUGGAAGAAAAGCUGACUUUGGAACAGCAGUCAUUACAAGCGCAUCAGGCAGAGCAGGCCUCUCUGCUGGAGAAAGUGAGGACGCUGCAGAUGGAAGAAGACUUGUGUGGCAAACUACAGAAGAGAGUCGUGAAACUUGAGCGUCAACUCUCGGAACAGCAGCUGCUUUAUGAGAAGGAAAAGGCCAAAUACCAAAGUGCGUGCCGUCAACAAGAGUCGAUGCAGGUGAAGCAGAAGUCUCUUCUGGAGCGUGUGGACACUUUGGAUGUGGAGUGUGAGGAGCUGCACAGACAGUUGGGACUGAAGGAAGAGGCUGAGUUGGACCUCUACUCUCAGCUGCAGGAGAUGUCGCGAGAAAAAGAACACGUGCUGACGCAGCUCACACCUCAGAAGGAACUCUGUGUGUAUCUGGAGAGGGAUAAGAGAAGACUGGAGUCAGAUGUUGGUGAUUUGAAGAGGAGUGUGGAUGAUCUGCAGGAACUUGUUCAGUCGCUGAAAGAGAGAGAGAGGCUUCUGGUGGCUUUUCCUGAGCUCAGUCCACUGACUUUGGUCCAACCACAGAGUACAGGAAAUGUGCUUUUGGAUAUGGAGCAGCAGUUCCAGGCAAAUUCCAUUCGGAUCAAAGUUCUGGAGCGAGAGAACGCGUCACUUCAUACGAGUCUGGUCAAACUGAAGGAAAGAGCCCAAGGUGAUGAAGUGGAGGACACAUCUCAUCCAUUGUCAUCCGGCACAUCACCAGGGCACAGCCACGUGUUGGCGUCACGCACCAGUUCAGCACAGAGUGGCAGUGAAGCCAUAUCCGCUGACCUGGAGAUCUGCAGGUGGUCUGAGUCUCCUACACCCACCGUUUCUCCGCCAUCUGUGAAGCUCCACCUUCAAACCCUGGAGCUCAAACCCGACGCCACGAAGGCUUCAGCCAGAAAACACAGAACUUCCCACUCGGCUCCAUCCAGAGUCUACAGACUGAGAAGAAAGUGAACCACAGAGAGUGAAAUGCAGAAGUGAGACUGACUGAGUCACUAUGUGUCUGAUCCAAAUGGAAUCAGAAUAAUUGUGAAAAGACUUGAUUCUGAAAGGCUGUAAAUGUGUUGACUGAACAGUGAAGGUUGCUUUGAUCUCGCAGCUUUGGCAACAUCCAGUAAUGUCACCGAGCUGCAAAAUAAGAUCUGUGAGCCUCAAGUGGAGCCUCACAUCAGGGUACGUGCACUGCCAAGAAAAGCCAUACGUGGAAUUAGAGAGGUGACAACAAUAUUCUCCAUCGCAUUUCACCAGGAUUCGACGUCAUGAGUGUGUCACUGCUGCUUAGUAACAAGCCAAUUUCUAGUCUUUCCAUGUGAAUUAACACCUGAUUCAGGAUUUCCAAGAAGGAGCUGUGACCCCCAGGUUAAUCUGUAAAGCAGAUCAGACUUAUAGUUGUCCCUUCAUCCGUGUCAUUUAAUUUCAUGCCAUUUCAGACAUUGUGAGCACGACCCCCUUUUUUCUCAACCACACACACAGUAAUAUCAGCCACACACACCCUGUGAUAUCAAUGUUAGCACACUGCAUAAAAAAAAACCCUGUAAAUGCUGCUGAAAACAUUUAUUUUUUUGUACAUUUUGCGAUCGAUACAGACGUAUAAUACAACAGAACGAUCAAGAUUGUAAUGUGCAAGGUAAGAGGUAAGAAACAAGCUGAUAUCAUAAAUCUGUGCUUCGACAAGACAGCAGUAGAAGUGACAAAAAAAAGGUCUUACAAAAGCACGACGGCAACAAUACCCGGCCUCCACAUCAAAAGCAGAAGAAUGACACAUUUAAAAUAGUGCGCAAAGUUGCACAAAACAUGUGACAACUCUACAUUCUCUCAAGUGUGUUUAUUUGGUUUGUUAAAUAAUUGUUAUAUAAGAACAGUGAAAUA